AUGUUUAGCGGCAAUAGCGAUAAGGGGUUUUGCCUGGGUGCGGCUUCUGAGUUUUCUGGAGGAGAGGACGGAGGCGGUGGUGUAUAUACACCGCAUUUAGGGGCUUCCCUCAACGGCUCUGUAGGAUAUGAAAGCUAUAAUGGCGUUUAUAAAACAACUAAUUACAAACUCUUAGAAGAUCAGUUCAAGAAACGCAUGCAACAUGCACAGAACCUCAUAGCAAGAGCAGAGCUCGCGCCACCAAGUGCUGCUGCUGCUUCCACCAUUGCUACGGCCCUCUCAGACGCUGAUGUAUCGCUGCAGCAGCUGAGCAUUGAGGCGAGAGGAUCUCCCUCUGGGCAUGCGCUUGCAGCGGAGAUAUCUUCUUAUGCAGCAGCACUGCAGCUGCUGCAGAAGGCCAGUGCAGCGAGAGAGAGUCAGCUGCCUCUAGUGACACCGCAGGAGCCAGUGUUAGGAGUAGAGGAGAUUAACUGUAUCAACAGCCGUUUGAUUGAAGAGUGCAGCAGCACAGCAUUAAAGACAGAAGAAAUCGGUCUCUCUAUUGCUUUUCAGCUGCGAGCGCAAAGAGAUGUUCUGCUGCACACCAACCGCCUAGCUGAGGGGACACAUACAGAAGGAGACAGAAGUAGAAAAGCAAUAACCAAAUUAAUUAGGACGCACUUAUUAAACAGAGUUAUGCUGACAGCUACAAUUGCUGCUCUCGCACUCUGUAUUAUUUUGCUGCUGCUGCACAAGUCCAAACUCUUUCGCUUCUACUUCUAA